AAACAACGGCGCGCGCGGGCAAGAAAAUAAGAUGGAAUCGAGGGACUCGUUAACGUGCAGAUGCUGUGCGCCAGCUGACAUUUCCAGGAACGCAAACAUCGCGGCCCUUCUCUGCACGCGCACCCGAGCGUCUCAUUGCACGAGCCCACCUCCUCACGUGGUGCUCGAGCGCUAGCAUGAGAUGCCGUGGCGCGCCUCAAGUUUUCCUCGAGCCAGCGGUGCAGCGCCGCGCGCCCCCUCUCGGCGUUCUUCCGCACGGCAUGUCGACCUGGAACAAAUCGCUGGUGUGUCCCCCCCAUGCACCCAUUUCCGGUGUGCGUCCGUACAGCACGUCGACCCGGAAGAGAUUCACACGUCUGUCGGAAAACGUGAGCGACUAGUGAGGGUCUGAAGUGGAGAGAACUCGACGGGAUCGAGAGGCUCUGACCAUGGGAAAGUCCAAGCAGGUUGGCAACCACAAGAGCGACAAGAAGAAGAACAUCGCCAAGACGUGGAAGACGAAACGGCGCGCGAAAGACCUGGACCAGAUCCACGAUGACAUUAGGCCCGAAAACGCGGCCAAGCUGCUUAAGCAGGAGCUCGACUAUGACGUCACGGGCAACGCGCAGCACUACUGCCUGCACUGCGCGCGAUAUUUUGUUGAUCUGAAAACCAUGAAGGAGCACUUCAGGACCAAACUGCACAAGAAACGGCUGAAGCAGCUGCGUGAGGAGCCCUACACCCAAGCGGAGGCGGACAGGGCUGCAGGAAUGGGCUCCUACAUCCCCCCCAAAGCCGUGGAGGUGCGCACACAGCCCGUGGAGGAUGAGAUGACCACCUGAAGAAGACAGACCGAGCAUGAAUUCAGUGGCCGUGUGCCCCCCCUCGCUGUGGACAUCCCCUCCCCCCAUGUGCAGGCCCACCUGUUCUGUCCCCUAGACACGACAGACUCGCUGUCCGUACGGUCUUGGGUACACGCACGUAAAUGUGUAAAUACGAAAAGGGUGUGUGUGUGUGAGAGCAGUUAUGUAAAAUGGCUUUACAUAAAAGCAGCGAUUUUACUCUAAUCUUUUUGAUUUGUGGUCAUGUUGGGGGAGCAGAUGGGAUCGGCCCUGUCCAAGAGGUUGGGACGUCAGAGGAAUACCCAGUUCUCAGAGUGGAGGACUAGAAUAUGUCAGCGGGACACAUGUCUCUAUUGGUACUGCAGUGAGACAGAGGGUACUUAAUGCCUCUGAAACUCAGCCAGAAUGUUCAAAAGGUUUUAUUUGGACACAACAGAAGUCGUCGUUCAUCCAGUGUCAAUAACUGCUUGUCCAGCACAUGUAGAGCUGCAGGAAAGGACAUUAGUUGAUCAGUUACAGUCU